AUGUACGGCCAUAACGAGCUGAUCGCGCUCCACAUAUUCUUGAGCACCGGAAAAACUCGUACGCGAAAGCAAGUGUCUAGUCACAUCCAGGUGCUCGCUCGACGAGAACGUCGAAGGGCGAACAACUCAAGGAUCGAGACUCCCGGGGCCAGCACGGCGUCUUCUUCUCCGAUCCCCCUCGAAGGAGCUGGGCCUGCGCCUCCGAUGCAAGCAGGCGCGAGGGUCCCGCCCUCGGUGCCAGCAGAUGCGCGGGUCCCGCCCCCGAUACCGACGGGCACCGAACAGGUGGCGGGCGUGUACGUCGAUGAAGUUGCGAAAGCGAGCAGUGCUCCGCAGUAUCAAAGCUCGGUCGAUUGCUCCCGGCCAUCACAAUCCGCGGCGGCGGCAUCAAGGAUACCCUCGCGAUGGGAAGUGCAAUCGCAGGAUACCGAGGUCCCUCUCACUGGCGACUUCUUCACCAUCGUGCCCUGUCCAUGGAGCAUGGAGGAAUGGAAAUCGAUGAGAGUCGAGAACGAGGAUCUGAGACUCAUCAGAUUCUCGGCGUGUGCCAUGUAUCCACCCGGACUCAGCCGAGAAGGGGAUCAGCAGCGCGGCUUCACGCUCGCCUACGCGGGGGACACGCACUGCCCAGCGUCGCCCGUGGGAGCCGUGACUAUUCGCGGCCUGUCUGCUCGAUUCCCAAGGGUGAGAGGCGGCCUCGAGCACUUAUUUUUCGAUGGCCCGGCGGAGGCUUUCUUUUUCGUCAGAUGCUGGGUUGACCUUGAUAGCGGCGCGCUAUUGGACGAUCGCCUCGUCUACUUAACGAACAGUGACUUCGAUUCCGCCUCAAGUCGCACUGUGGUCUGCGCGACGAGGCUCUUCGCACGUGGUCAGCAGGUGGUUGAGAACGUCGCCCCUAUGUUCCCACAGUUCGACGCGAGGUCGGGUCGAUAUACUUACGGCCUGCAGUCCAUGAUGGGCGAGUACGCCCUCAGUGUCGUCGAAGUACUCAAGGAGUCCCACGAUUUCACGGCGGCGAACACAGCGCUGAGGAGCCACACGAUGCUGCAAGUGGUCUCCGACAUGGGCACCGGGAAGACUUUGUUGUGCAUCGCCUACAUCUUCGAGGUGACUCCGGUACCCAACGCCUGUCCCCAUCAAAUCUACCGCCUUGUCGACUGUUGA